AUGUCUAUCGUUCCUGUUGAGAAGGUAGUCAUUGCCCAGUAUGGCGAGCGGCGAGUAGCACAGGCAACUAUGCCUGACAUCGAAGCCUGGGUCGUCGAUUCUAAGCUAGAGAAGGGAAUACCCUUCAAACUCUGGAUGAAACCGGAGUUGCACGAGGAGCUAAAGGUGCUAUAUCCUAAUCUCCCCUGCGCAGAAGAUAUUACUCGUGGUGGUGGCUUCCUUCAAGGUCGUCCAAUGCUUAACCCCUCUAUCACUAUCGAGACGUGCGGCGGUGAUAAUCGACCCAAAAAGCUAUACCGCGUUGUCCACGAUAGACACCCAUUCGGAGGAAUUAAGGCCAGGGGUUAUGGAACCGUCGAUAUCAACCCUCUUCAUUUCCAAGUUCUGGUUCAAAAACACCUCAACUGGAAUUGUUCGAGUCCGAGCCCUUUCCUGUCCGUUACGGACAACCUCGACAAAGUCAGGGUGAUAGCAGCGGUUUGCGAAGCCCGAGGAUUCGCCGGCAUCGAAGUCCUCGAACUCGAUCCAGCACACCCAUCGUGGGACCAUAGACACCAAAGGUUAUGGAAUACAAAGCACCUGGUCGAUGAAUUCGGCACGAAAAUCCUACAACGUCGACAGUUCUUACAUCAGGAGUUCCUCGUAGAAAAUAUGAUUCCGCCUGAAUCUAUUCUAGGACGCCACCCUUGGAAAUCGCUACGGCGUACAUUCGAUCCAAACAGGUUCUGGCUAGAUAUGAUGCAAAAAAAGGUCAAGCACGUUAGCCAAUUAAAGAGAAGACGAGAAGGAGGGAGAGACGGAAAAGAGGAAGCUACGAGUAAUAAAACCGUUUACAAAAAGGCUGAUAAGACUCUAUCUGAUGGGCUUGGGACGGAAGAAGAUGGAGAGGGGACGACGGUGGUGGUGAAGAAGCAAAGAGCAAUUGAUUUUAAACUGCGAUUAUGA